CUGAAAUGCAUUAAACUAAGAAGCAGAAUGAAAAAAAAAUUGCAUUUUAUCUACUGGGUCACCUGUCCCCCUCCCCCUAGUGUUCCCAUCUCCCCACUGUCCUGGUUCCACUCAUCACCUUCCUUUCUUAUCAGAUUCCAUAACCUGCUGCCCUCUGUUGUCUCAACUUAUCAGCUCCCUGUCACUGUCACCAUCCCCACCUUUCCCUCCCCCACCUGGUCCAUCUGCCCAUCAAUCCUUCCUUACCUGCAUCCACCUGUCCCUUGCCAGCUCCUGCCUCUCUCUUUCCUCUCACCUCUUUAUGAUGCUCAGUCCUGAUGCAGGGUCUCGACCCAAAAUGUCGACUCUCCUUUUCCUCCACAGAUGCUGACUGACCUGCUGAGUUCUCCUCCAGCAGCUUGUUUAUUGAUCCAGAUUCCAGCAUCUGCAAUCUCUUGCGUCUCUCUGGAAAAAAAAUCCAGAUUGUUUAUGAGAUGUUUGAGGUCUACAUGCCUCGUGGGCAGGCCAACAGGCGGGGACCAGAAAAUUGUGAUGCAGCAGCUCUUUUGAAUCUUUUUAUUUUUUGCGAUCACUUUCACUUUGAAAGGCAAAAAUUAAUUGAGGUGAUUAAAUGUCGUAAUGACCUGAUGCAUUCUGUAGAAAUGAGUGUUUCUGUAGAAUGGUUCAAAAACUAUAGACGGAAGAUCCUUGUACUUCUACAGGAAUUUCAAAACAUCCCUGAAGCAAAAGCAGCAAACAAAAUGAUACAAGAGGUCACAUCAUCUGACUGGAAAGUUAAAAUGACAGUGACUGAUGCAGUGGAUGCUGCAGUGAAGUUUACAGAUGAGGAGUUUGAUGUUGGAGAGGUCUAUAAUGUUGAGUUAGACCUGAUUAAAGAAUGGGCAGAGGAGCUGAGCCUUGCACUAGAGGAGCAAGAGCCUUUACAACAGCACUUAAACAGUUUGAAUACAUUCAAGGAAUUUUUGAAACGAAAUAAAGAGCUUGAAAGUAUGCUUCACAAAGAACUGCAGCAGUUGUUUAUUCUUGAGAAGAGAUUGAAUAGUGGCAAAGAUCUGUGAAAAAUCAAGAUAAUAUGGAGUGCAGACAGGAGAAAAAAAAAGUAACAAUGGUAAAGACACUGUGCUUAUUCCUUGACACUUUUGCAGUUCAGUUCAGUAUAAUUUAAAACAUUUCAGAACAUAUAUCUUAUUUACAUUCAAGUGUAAACUCAAUAUGUGUAAUCUAUCUAUGUUGUUGUGGAGGGCUUAACGGCAGAAGUUGAUUCUCUUUUACAAAAUCCACCACAAAUGUGUAUUUUCUAGUGGUACAUUACACUUCAGUAACAAUGGCCUUAGUUAAGAAUAGAUAUCUGCAUACAAACCAAAAAUUGUUUCCAAUAUUAACAUACUUAUAUUAUGGAUAGUAUUUACUUACUGAACUAACGAGAGAUUUGUUCCCAACAGCUGUAGCAACUAUAUAAAAAAAAUAAUGAAUUGAGCUAAGUUUAUAAUUGUCAGACCUGUUAUGUGUCAUUUCUGAUAAUUAGGACGCCUGAUGUUUUGAAUUGAAAAAGUUAACAUUCUCCUUCUUCUUAGGCAGUCCAUCAAGAUUGAGCAUGAUUGGUUUUGUGGGUUCUCGGGUGGCUGAAGAUGCCAAUUUGAGAAUUGCGGCCUCUUUCACAAAUGGGGCAGGAGAUGCCUGACAGGGUGGCAGGAAGUAGUUCAUGAGUGGUGCGUUCCUUAGGCCGUUUGCACAGGGCUUCUUUGCUCCCAAUGCGUGGACUUGAGGUUCUCAAUAUCAUCCUGAAUGUUCCUCCUCCACUUUGAGGUGCCAUGUGCGAAGAGGUUCACAUGAGUCAGUGGGAAUGUUGUCAUUUUCAAGGAGGCUUUGAGCACAUCUUUGACUCUUUUCUACUGUCUGCCUGGUAAUUUCUUCCCUAUCACUUAUGAUAAAGGGUUUCUUUUCUCUACUGUCAUUUUUUUAAAAUUGUGACUGUGGCCAUGACUUUAUCCAGCACAGUACAUUUGUCAGCAAUGUAGUCAGUCAAUGCUGACUGAAACCAAAUACCUGACAAGUAUGUUUAUGGAAAUCAACUAGAAAUGAGAAACUGACACAGCAGCUUGAUCUUAUCUCACAUUAUAACACAUUGAGGGAUAUUUUUCUUGACAAUGGCUGUUAAUUAAAUGGUUUUAGAAUAAAAUUUGUGAAGAUCCUCUUGAGUAGUUUGUUUAGGAAAUGGAAAAUAUUUCUCUUUUACAGAAUGAAUGGCCUAGAAAUUAAUAAUAUGCCUGUAUGAUAUCUAUUAUUCACUAACUUUUGAGAGAAAGACCAUUACAUUGAUUUAGUGGCAGCUUGAGAGACUCAAUGUGACCUUGCGUUUCUUGCACCAACAUCAUGUACUUGCUGGAGUCAAUGUUCUCUCUGUCCUUUGGUGGUCGAGUGUCCUCUAAAGCUUGACGCCCUACUGCAGUUUCUACAUUCUCAUAGUGCACAAAGAGAAAAUGGUGUAAGCACUAAGAGGGUCAGGCAACACCUACGCAUGGAAAGGAUAUUUUGAUAUUGACUGUUCAUCAGAAUGGUACUAACUGCAAUUGUGCUGAAAAAAGGAACAGAACCAGGGGAAGGGAAAGAAGAAUCUUAACUUUAAACAGAAAUAGAUUGAUCCUGUAAGGUACAUAAAACACAAGAUGGUUAAAUGAUGGACAUUAUCAUAGCAUUAGAUAAUAUGAAGUGUAAUGCGAAAAAUCAGUGAAAUGAAAUAGAUCACAUGUGAAUUUGGUCCAUUCCAAACAUUGUUAUUCUGUGUCCCCUAGUUCUUGUGCCAUCUCUCUGUUUGCUCUGUGCAUAUCCUUCAUGAUUUUAAAUACAACUAUCAGAUCCCCUUGUAACCUCCUCCAUUUCAUGAAGAACAACCCCAGCUUUUCCAGCCUAUCCAUAUAACUGAAGUCUCUCUUGCCUGGAAUCAUUUUGAUAAAUUCCUCCCUACCACCUUUAAAGCUUUGACAUCUUUGCUAAAGUGUGCCCCUCCAGAAUUGGACACAGUUCUCCAGUUGUGGCCAAACCAGUUUUAUAGAGCUUCAUCAUGACUUAUUUGCUCUUGUACUGCUUACAAGGUCCUGGAUCCUGAAUGCUUUUCUAACUACUUUCUCAAUCUGUCCUGCCACUUUCAACAUAUUGUGCAAAUACACUCCCUGCUCUUGUACCCCUUUUAGAAUUUGCCCUCUUGGUUUAUAUUGUCUCUUAUUUUUCUCUAUCAAAAGGUAAUAGUCACAUUUCUCAGCAUUAAAUUUCUACCCACCUAUUGCCUAUCCCUCCUUCUGCCUGUAUCUCCUGGAAGUCUAUUCUCACAGUUCACGACUCCUCCAGGUUUUGUGUCUUCUACGCAUUUGGAAAUCGUGCCUUGUACUCCAAGUACAAGUUGGAAAUUUUACUUUGCAUUUCCAUCCAGUCUGAAAAACAAUAUUUUGCUGUGUUACGGAUUAGGUUACUAUUGGUGAAUGCCCCUUUAAGACAUAGCACAGUAGUGUGUGUGUGUGCGCGCGCAUGCGCGCGCGGCGUGAUUACAACAACAGGAGAUAAGGACGUGAUGAUGUUUUUUGGAGUAGUCAGAAAGAAGAGUCAGAGAGAGAGAAACACCGACCUGCUGGUCUCUGUAUCGAUGAAUGAAAAACAAUAACUGUGUCUGUCACUAUAAUCCACAUGUGGAUUUUUGGAAUAAUCCAGUGGAGUCCUCUUUGCCAUUAACCUGUAGAAGGAAACAGGUAUUCGUGUGGACGGCCACGACUCGAAUGCCUUUCAGGGUGGCAGGUACUUCGGAACAAAGGAAUGGCGAUCAUCAGUGAUUGAGGUGUUGUAUGAGUUCCAUCAUGGAACAUUUGGAUUUCGUAAUUACUCUCUAUUUUUUCUUUACAUUUCCCCUUCAGUCAUCGGUGGUUUUGCAGAAGCCUUUGCUCACAUUUCACCUUACGACUUGCUGAACUGAACUUUGAGAACUAUUCCUGGACUUGGAGUUUGGGAAUUUGCCACACACACACUUCGAGUUUAGUUUUUGGGGUUAAUGUUUAAGAUCUAACAUUUUUACUUCUAACAUUUUUACUUUUUUUUCUUAUUAUCAUAAGUAGUUAUUAAUAAAAUAGUUUUUAACACUUAUACGUGAUUCAGUGUGUUUCUUUUAUUGCUGGUACGUGACAGCUGUUACUUGCUGAUUCAUAUUAUCUGGCCAAUGUUCUUUUCAAGUUG